UUCCAAUGAAGAAGAUAAAUUUCUAAGUAAACAAUGCUAAAAACACGUCCUGGACACUUUAAUUUUCUCUCUCAGACGUUGAUCCUGUUUGCGUUGCUUUUAAAAAAUGAUGCUAGAUGUGAUCUUGUGUUUCUACCUUCAGUCCUUGUUGCAUCUGGUCCAAGAGCUUCUGCCUUUCUGGUUGGAAACGUGACUAACGUGUCUCUGACCAUCAAAAGCGUGUCACCCUCCAGUGAUACCGGACGCCUCCCUGUGGCCUCCUGCGUGCCGUCCAAUCUCAGUCAAUGGACUGUAUCAGAAGAGUCGAAUGGAAAGAGCAGCCUCCUAGUGCAUGUGACUCUGAACAAGAGUCUACAGCUGUGUUCCAGCGCUAAUGACACAGAUUGCUGUCUCCAGCCGCUGUGUGUGAAAGAGACCAUCAUUGUGUUUGCAUGUAUCGGCAACGUUUCCCAGGCCUCUCUCAUUGUUCAGGCUCAGAUCUACGCUCAGUUGCUGCCAGCUGGCCCUGUGUCCGAGAAUAAAACCGUGAUUCCUAAUCAAGUGUUCCAGCCUCUUGGUCAAUGUCCAUGUGACCUGACGGCAAAAGUGUGUGAUGUGCGAUGCUGCUGUGACCAGGACUGUUCCCCAGAGCUGUUGUGGCUUUUUGCAGGUCAGUGUCUCCCUGGACCAUUUGGAGGAAUGAUCUCUCCUGUUCCUGACUACGUCUGCUCCGCUCAGUCGGCUAACAAUGCUCCUGACUGGUUCCCUUUUCUCUGCGUCACCUCUCCUUUGGAGAACAACCCAUUCCUUGGGCUUUUCUAUGAUGGCAGUACUGUCACUCCGAAGCCUGCUCCAUCUUUCCAGGCUCAGCCGAUGGCAGCACCCGUACCCCCUACAAUCUACCGCCAGGGGGCGCCCAUCUUCACUGAAGACAACCAGUACUUCACCAUUCCACAGGUGUCCAUGCUGGGGCAGUGCCUGGAGAAGGCUCCAGUAGCGUUCCUGCAGAACUUUGAGACGGUGUGUGUGAAAAGUCUUCAGUCCUGCCCUGCUGCACCAGCUGAGCUCGGCCUGGCUGUGAAAGAUGGGCAGGGAGGAUUCGUCAGAGUGACUGUCAUGAACGAAGAGAUCACAGAUUUCAGCCCUUUCUUAUCAAAUGCUGCUAAUCCAGCAGCUGAGCCACUAUGUAUGAAUGUGGUUCUGUCUUUAAGUUAUACAUUUCAAUGGAAGGGGAACAGCAUUACAGCCAUCAGUGUGACCCGCCUCAGAGGAAACUUCAAGCUCAGUCCUGGAGCUACUCUGACGACCCGAUACUCUGCAGUGUUUGUGAAUGGAAACAUCACAGCUCAGCCUAACUCUGGCAACCCAGGUUAUCAGGUGGGACGGCCGGUGAUCGGUGGAGUUUUAGAUAAUGCUACCGGAACUUUAGUGAGAGCUCCGGUCAGCCUCUGGCAAGGAGUAAGAGAUGGGCUGUGCUCCGCUGCUGACAAGAGACCAGCUCUCUAUGGAAUAAACUCAACAUCUGGGUGUCUGAUGGCUAUCAGUUUGCUUAAUCUCAGCAACUGCACCAAGCUCAGAGAAACCGUCUUCUCUACUUUGGCUGCUUUAGUCCCUGCUACGUGGAUUUCCAGUACAGGAAAUCCAGAUUUUUCUUCACUGACCAACUGGAGCCGUGUCACUACUGUAGUAAAAAGCUUUAAUCAGACAACGAUGGACCUCAGGGGUGUGUGCUCCAGCGUUCCAGCUCACCUACACAUUCACAUCAGAAGCGUUGUCAUGGAAACCAUAAAUGGGGUACCACAAAAAAUGAUCCAGGCUGUGGAAUUAAACUUUAAAGCGUCUACGUGGAGAUUACAGUGUGAUGCCGCUCAGGGAACCAUCUGCAUGAACCCAGAGCUGACACAGACUUUUCCUGUGACCUCGUCUGUGACCUUUACCGAAGCGGCCAGUAGCACCCAAUCCCCCAAGUCCAGGUUUCACAUUAACUUCACAGAGUUUGAUUGUGAGAGGAAUGACGUGUGCUGGCCUGAGCUUGCGUUCCCUCUCACACCUUAUUACACUGGUGAGCCGUACUCACAGGCUCUGGCUAAAGGUCUCAUCCUUGUCUUCUUCUUUAUCGUCGUCUCUCUAUUAGGAACACCGUGGAGACAAAUUAGACAGGCGUGGAGCAAUAGCCUACUCUAGGGAGUGGGUAUGCGUGUGUGGUAGCCUAGUGGUUAAAGAUUGGACUACUGAUCAGAAGAUUCAUGAGUUCGAAUCCCAGGUCCACCAAGGUCCACCAAGCUGCCACUGCUGGGCCCCUAUGCAAGGCCCUUAACCCUCAAUUUCUCAGUUGUAUAAAUUAUUACAAAAAUGUACAAGGGUGAAAAGGUGUCUGCUAAAUGCUCUAAAUGUAAAUGUGUGCACGCCUGCGUUUGCGUGCGUGGGUGUGCGCGUGCACGUGAGAGAUCACUUCAAGUCAGUUGGAGGGAAACACAAGAUUUAUUUAGCAACAGGUUCAGUGUAGAGUCAUACUGGAGUCAUGAGUCUAUUUCUCAGAAAAGUCAUUUUCUAUUUUUAAUGAACUGUACUGUAUUAACUAACCUUGAUUUCUCUGUAAGAUUACAUGUUUAUUAUUAAUUUAUUGUACCAUGUUUUGUACAGAGUUUAUUGUGGAAUAAAUUUGUAUUGAUUAUUU